UCGCCCGCCCAUUCGACAGGACACAUUCAUCUUCUCCUCGGCGCGACGAACAAAGCACGUCAUUGUACACAAUCGCGGAUGCUCGUGACGUGCGUGGUCGUGCCCCUCUUCAUCCUUCUCUUUCCCUCUACCUCUACCACCUCGUCGCUUCAUCGCACACAGCCUUCGUUACGACAUCGAGGAACGUUACGACGGAACGGAGCGAAACGCGAUGCGGGAGAACGACGCAGCCCGUGGAAGACGCUGGUGUCGCAACGCUGACGCUAUUGACGGGCCUCCUCUUCGCCGUCUUCGCCUUUCGUCUUCCGAGCAGCCAGCGCCGCGGUUUACAGCUGAGAUUUUUGGCAGCGUUUAGAGCAGAGCAGAGCACAGUUAAAGCGCGACGAGCGAACGAGCCAGUUGCAUCGCUGGGAAAAGCAUUCGUAUGAAAAGCAAGCUUUUCCAAAAGUUAUCUUCUUGAGAGGGGUUAAAGAUUCUCUCUCACGUGUCAAGUAACGUUUGUGUGACAUGAUGGUUUAUCCGUGAAGAAUCGCAUUCAAUUGGAGGAAACAUAAGUCUACUCGUGUAGGAGUAAUAACAAACGCUAAAUUAAAUCUAACUUUUGAAAACGUGCGCUGAAAUUGAAAAAUAAUAAAGGCCGGAAAACCAGUGAGGGGCGUUUAAAACCUAACCAUCGUUUCACAUUAUCCCACUGGCGAAAUGGCAUCCAAUCGCAACGUGCGAGAUUGUCUGUCAUGCAGGCAGGUACUAAAUAUCAUGGUGAUUCUCGGCUUCAUGUUAAACUACAUGCUGCGCAUGAAUCUAACGAUAGCGAUCGUCUCAAUGGUGAUACAGAGCAAUAGUAGCGGUCAACAUUCGCAUUCCAAUGGAUCGGCGUCGAUGCCGGAUGAGUGCGGUGCUCAGGCGAUGAUGAUGAACGAUCUCACCCCGAUCAACGACACCAGGACCCCGGUGAUCGACGUUAACAGAGUCAACGAGAUGAACAGCAGCAGCGGGUUCACAGCAUCCCCAUUCGUCCGCAUCCGUACCGUUACUAUGUAUAACACACCGGGGGAACGAGUCCAGACCAAGUAUUCAUGGAACGAAUAUGAGGUGAAUAUGAUUCUCGGUAGCUUCUUCUGGGGUUAUAUCUGCACGGAAUUUCCCGGCGGCCGACUCGCGGAGAUAGUCGGUACGAAACGAGUCUUUGGCUACAGCAUGCUAGUGUCGAGCUUCAUCACUCUGUUUGUACCGCUGUCGGCCACUUUGGGCUACACCAUGGUCGUCGCGUUAAGGGUCGUAUUAGGAUUUAUGUUGGGUGCCACCUGGCCUGCCAUCCAGCCAAUGACUGCUCGAUGGAUUCCACCGACGGAGCGUAGCAAGUUCGUCUCUCACAUGAUGGCCUCGUCCCUCGGCGCCGCGAUAACUAUGCUGAUGUGCGGGUUCCUCAUCGCCUCGCUAGGCUGGGAGUCGGUGUUCUACGUGACCGGCGUGAUCGGGAUUAUCUGGAGCGUAGCGUGGUUCUUGCUGGUGUUUGACUCACCGUCGCAGCAUCCGCGCAUCAGUGCGGAGGAGCGGCACUUUAUCGAGAGCGCGAUUGGAACGACUACCACUGCUAAGCCUCUGCCGAUACCGUGGCGCGCGCUUAUCACUUCGGGGCCAGUUUGGGCUAUCGUGAUAACGCACGCGUGCAGCGUCUUCAGUUACCAUACCAUUGUCAAUCAGCUUCCAACUUACAUGAAGUACAUCUUGCACUUCAACAUUAAAGAGAACGGCCUGUUAUCCUCGUUACCUUAUUUAGGCAAAUACAUUUUUGCCUUAGCCACGUCCACCUUGGCCGAUUACUUGCGCCGCAACAACAAGUUAUCGGUGACGGCAAUACGUAAAAUUUUUACAACGUUAGCUGUGCUAACUCCCGGCAUCCUCAUGGUGAUCCAAGCGUACUACGGUUGCAAUCGCGUGGCGUCGGUAGCCGUAUUCACCAUCGCUCUAACAAUAAAUGGCGCCGUAACGGCCGGUUAUCUCGGAAACGGUCUCGACAUCGCGCCCAAUUUCUCCGGGACUAUAUUUGGCCUCGCCAAUACCUUCAGCUCGAUAGGUGGUUUCCUUAGCACCUUCAUGGUCGGUAACAUCACGUAUCAAAAUCAGACCUACACACAGUGGACCAUCAUCUUUUGGAUCCUAGCGGCCGUCUAUUUCAGCGGCUCAGUGACAUUCGUUAUUUUCGGUACCGGCGAGUUACAGAGCUGGAACAAUCCCGUCGAGAUGCACAACCACAAAAAAGAGAAUGGGACCACCGUGGAAGACGGCGCCGAAUCGGUUCCACUCAAGAGCAAAAUAAUUUCGUAACGAUUUGAGCGAAUACGCUUAGACUCUGUUAGAAAUUUGCGAAUCAAAUGCGGCGAUAACGUCGAUUUUUUUGUGACACGACAUAUUCCAAACGAAACAGUAUUCGUUUUUAUUAUCUUCGAAUUUUAGGACUGGUCGAUGAGACCUAUCAGCUUGGCAAUAGUUCGCGAGACAGUUUUAUUUCCUAAACGAUGUUUCGGAAGUUGUAGCUUAGAGAUUUGAAAUAUUGAGUAAUUUUAAUUUUUAAAACCAAAUUGAUCUAUUAUAGUUUAAUAUUUUUUUUUUUAAAUAACAUUAGAAAGAAAUUUUUUGUAAAAUCAAAGAUUUUUUAAAUAAUUUUUAUUUAAUUAUAUUCAAUUUUAAGAGAUCGCUUUCUAGUUUUGCCAAGCUUAGGGUUGAUUGAUGUAGGAUAAUUGAGUGCGUUUUUACACUCAUUUUCUAUUGAUAGUAUAUAAGUUUGCGCAGUUACCAAAAGAGAAAAAAAAGACACGCGGCUAGAAGUAUCUAAUAGGAAACUCAGUGUUCAUUCGAUAUGACAAGUUUUUAAAUAAAUAUACAAUUUUUAGCAAAUUUA